AUGAACAGCUUCAAGAUAAGCUUCAUAGACAAGAUCUCUCCAACAAGGCACAGGAAACUAAGUUUAAAACAAGACCUCACCAUCAACAAUCUUCAAAAUGAGGUUAAGGACACCUUGAAGAGAAGUGAGCAGCUUCAAGAUAAGCUUCAUAGACAAGAUCUCUCCAACAAGGCACAGGAAAUUAAGUUUCUGAAUCAACAUGCCAAUCAGUUAUUAACAAAUAAUCAAUAUCAGAGACCUACUAUAAUCAGAAACUUUGGCAAUUUAUAUACGUAUAUCAAUGAACCGACAAACUGCGUCGCUUACGGCAAUGACAUUCAAACGAUACGAGUACCUGGUACAGAUGCCUUCCAGGUACCAUGCGAUUCAAAGUUCGCUGGCCCGGGAUGGGCUGUCAUUCAACGCAGGGUGGAUGGCUCCGUGAACUUCAAUCGAACAUGGGAGGAGUACAGAAAUGGCUUCGGUGACCUACGAGGUGAAUUCUGGCUCGGGCUAGAGAAACUUCAUCUGAUGACGAAGUUUCAGCCACACGAGCUCUACAUACAGCUGGAGGAUUUCAAAAACGAAAAACGAUAUGCACGCUAUACCAAUUUCUCAGUUGGGAAUGAAGCGCAAUCUUACGAACUAUUAAGUGUAGGGGAAUAUAAUGGAAAUGCUGGAGAUGCAUUAAGUUACCUUAAGAAUACAAAAUUCACAACCAAAGACCGGGAUAAUGAUAAAGGUAAUGGUAAUUGUGGUGGUUUCAUGCAUGUUAUAAGUGUAACCCUAAUGGAGUUUAUGUGCACACUAAGACUGAUGAAGACAAUUCUAAGUCAAUCCAUGAGAAACCACUGA